UUGGAUUAUCAGGAACUUCAAUCAUCGAAUUUUGUGGAUAUCGAUUGAUUUCGCGCAUGGAUUAAGGCCCCACUCGGAUUAAAGCCCCCUCAAUUCUAGGAUAAUGCUCAUUUUUGUCUGUGGCUGAGUUAAACUUAGGUUGCUCUAUAAUGUCCAUGAAGCUGCGUGCUUCAAGUGGCACCUACAAUGUCCGCGCCUCGGAGAUGGCGAGGGAGAAAGUCCCGGCCGGGAACAAGACGGUCAGAUGCAUUGUCCGUUUCCUCGAUGACACUGAGCAUGGCUUCGAUAUUGAUAAACGUGCCAAAGCUCAGCAUCUCUUGGACAAAGUUUUCGAACACUUGGAGCUGAUAGAAAAGGAUUACUUCGGGUGUCAGUAUCUUGACACAUCUCCGGGGCCCGAUGGCAUGCUUUUGCCAAACGAGCAGUUUGAUUCAGAAUUCAUGAGAUGGCUAGAUCCGUUAAAAGUACUCAAAAAGCAAAUCAGAGUCCCCCCACCAUAUCUGUUCUUCUUCCGAGUGAAGUUCUACGUUUCUGACCCUAGCAAGUUACAUGAGGAGUACACGAGAUAUCAUUUCUUCUUGCAAGUGAAGAAGGACAUCUUGGAAGGGCGGUUAAAGGUGCCUAUCUCAACGGCAGCAAGUUUAGCAAGCUAUGCAGUGCAAUCGGAACUAGGUGAUUACAAUGCAGAGGAACACACGAACGGUUAUCUGCAAGAAUUCAAAUUCAUUCCAAAUCAGAGUGAGGAGUUCGAAAAAGAAGUUGCCAAAUUACACAAAACUCACAAAGGCCAGAAUCCGGCGGACGCGGAAUUUAACUACUUGGAUCGAGCAAAACGGCUCGAGAUGUAUGGGGUAGAUUUACAUAAUGCUAGGGUAAGGGAUCAGAGUAACUUAGAGAUCAUGCUAGGGGUGACGUCGGUGGGUCUGGUCGUCUUUCAGAAUUCCAUGAAAAUAAACACGUUUUCGUGGGCAAAAAUUGUGAAGAUUUCAUUCAAGCGACGUCAGUUCUUUAUUCAACUGAGACGAGAGCUCAACGACUCGGUCGAGAAUUUGAUAGGUUUUAACAUGAACAGUUACCGGUCAUGUAAAAAUUUAUGGAAAUCUUGCGUUGAGCAUCAUACGUUCUUUCGACUACACACACCCCUGCCGCCCAAAAAAUACGGCCUUUUUUCGUUAGGAUCGAAGUUUCGGUAUAGUGGUAGAACAGAGUACCAGACGAUAGAGGAUAGUAAACGAAGAGCGAGAGUGGAGCGAAGUUUUUCAAGAUUUAAAUUUAAGUCGAAACUCAAACCAGUCGACGAAAAUUGCACAAGAGGCAGCCUUGCGAGUCCGAAGACCUCCCACGAUUCCCACGAACCAUUCUCUAGAUGGAACCGCUAUGACGCAUACUUCGGGUCGCCUAGCAAACGAUACGCCCGUCGAACGGUGGGGGGCACAACACGUGAUGUCAUAUCAGAAGAGCGUAAUGUGAUUGAUCGGCGGAAAAAUGCCCCGCAGCGGCCCGGGAGCGAGAGUAGCAGCAAGGUCACCGGCAUUCCAAACUCGAACAGCGUGCCACAUAUUAAACAUUAUGAAACGUACAAUAACCACGUUAGUCAGCCGAGUUCGGCACAGAGUUCGUUGCAGCGGAAUUCGAACGGGCGGCCGCCGAGGAAAAUGUUAGAAAAUAAAAAUGCCAAGGAUACCGAUAUUGACGAUGACGGUGGAUUCCUAUCACGUGUGCCACGAGAACGUGACGUGACGGACAGAGCCCGUGAUUCGUACGCUCCUACACUGCCACCAAAAAACUCUGGAUAUAUGGACGAUGACGACGGUAAACUCCCGCAGGCCGUCUACGAUCUACCCAUGUAUAAUGAAAUAACUGUGGAAAAACCAUUUAAAAGGCGAAAAUCUGUGCCAAAUGGGAGCGCCUACCAAGAAGGCCUCGUCUCAAUAAAAAUGAAACCAGACGACCAAGGCCGGUUUGGUUUCAACGUAAAGACUCUGGAGAACGUUAUACAGAAAAAGACACCGAGUGUUCCCGUAACAAGGUCGAUUCGAACGCGUUCCCGAACAGCCAAUCAGGGUGGUGCUGACCAAGGUAUGCCUAUCAUCGUGUCGCGGGUGGCGCCCAAUACCCCCGCCGACCUGUGUAUUCCGCGGUUGAAUGAGGGCGACCAGGUCUUGUUCAUCAACGGUCGUGACGUGUCGCAGCACACUCAUGAGCAGGUGGUAAUGUUUAUUCGAGCGUCGCGGGAGACGCACUCGGGAGAAUUGGUGCUUGUCGUUCGACCAAACGUUUACGUUGGUGACGACACGAUUGAGGAGCCAGACUUCCAAUACAUCCCCGACACGCAUCAUAUAUCAAGCACGUUACCUCAGUCGGACCUGUUGGGUGGUUCUCUCAUGCUCCUACAGGAGGCGCUGGAGUCCGGCGCAGCGUUGGCACAGUUUGAGCAACUUUAUCGGAAGAAACCAGGGAUGACGAUGCAGGCCGCACGGCAGUCGGAGAAUAUUCCCAAAAAUAGAUAUCGCGACAUAUCACCUUAUGACCAGACGCGGGUUAAGUUAAAGGCAAGUUCGUCGGGAGACUAUAUAAAUGCAAACGUUGUACAUAUGGAGAUAGUGGGUUCGGGCAUUGUAAAUAGAUAUAUAGCCGCCCAGGGCCCACUACCGAACACCGUUACUGAUUUCUGGCAGAUGGCCUGGGAACAACAGUCCACCCUCGUCGUCAUGCUCACGUCAAAAAUCGAACGUGGUCGUGUGAAAUGCCACCAGUACUGGCCCGAUCUUUACGAGACGGCCGACCUCGGACAGUUACAGCUCUCCUGUGUGAAGGAGGAGGAAACACCGUCCUUUGCAUUUAGAGAAUUCACUCUUGUUAACAUGGAGACUAACGAAGAGCGACAUGUCAGACAGAUGCAAUACAUUGCUUGGCCCGAUCACGGUGUGCCAGAAGACUCGGCCGACUUCCUCGACUUCAUCCUGAGGGUGAGGCAGAAUCGUUUAGGAAUGACCGAGCCCACCAUAGUACAUUGCAGCGCGGGAAUCGGUCGGACGGGCGUCCUGAUCACGAUGGAGACGGCGAUGUGCCUCGUGGAAGCCAACCAGCCGAUCUAUCCCCUGGACAUCGUGAGACAGAUGAGAGACCAGAGAGCAAUGCUCAUCCAGACAGCUAGUCAAUACAAGUUUGUGUGUGAAGCGAUACUGAGAGUUUAUCAUGAUGGUAUCGUGAAGCCAUUGGACGAAUACUCAAAAAGCUAGUGACGUUGACACGAAAUUUGAAAUUUGAAAUUUGAAAUUCGCAUGCCACGUGGAACUGGCAAGUUGAUCUGUGUACAAUCAUAAGGAGUCCCUUCUUCUCAGGAUAGAGACAAGGAAUUGUCCAUUUCCGUACCUUGUGUAGGCCUUUCGGCGAGGUAGCCCAAGUAGAAGGGUUUCCAGAGCGUUGGUACCUCAGAUAAGAGGGAUCCCAGAGCGUAGAGACCCAAGAUUGGCGGGCCCUGGGCACAGAGAGCUCCCUGAAAGACAGGUGCUUCGUUGGGUCCGCCAUGGUGAGGUACAGUGUAGGACCUCAUCACUGGAGCAGCCCUCGUGAGUCAGAUGACCCGUGUCGAUUCUUACGUUUGUCCCGGAAAGUGAGGAAGGGUUUUCAGUCAUCAACUUAGUCUCCUCUGUUUGUGUCUGAGGGCCAAUGGCUUCUGCUUGGAAGAUGUCAGGGCCCCAGUCAUGAGGCGCGCCAGUUUGAUUCCCUGUCAGUCUAAUCUUAUGCAAGUAUCAAUUCGUGUCUUGUACCCCCCCUCCUCAAGGGUACGACACCUUAUCACCCUAUAACGACAUCUUAAGGCUCAAGCAUCACCCUUUUUUCACCAAUGCUACUUUUUCUUUCGUCAAGACAUCACCAUCAACAAUAUAUCAGUUAUCACCGUCAUAUAAAGUAACCGGACUAAUUUUACUGGGUAAGGCUGUAUGUUCGACAAGACAUCGACACAUUAGCAUCCUUAUUCUUUCCAGCUUCGCCAAAUUUUCACUAAAGGAAAAAUAAAUACUACUCAAGCAUCGGCAAAGAUUAGUGGUGAUAGCUUAACUACCCUUGAGGAGGGGGGGUACAAGAAACGAAUUGAUACUUGCAUUAGUGAGUCGGUUAAGGUUGACCUGACGCAAUUGAGUCAGUCCUAUUGACUUCACCGGGGGAAGUUGCACCGAUGCAGGGCCGAUGCCAUAAGGUCUUGGAAGCGGUGGAUCAACCAGUCGAUUUCAACGGAAAGGUACAUAGCGUGGAAUCUGAUGACAUAUUUCGCAUCGACUGACGCCAUUUUUAGUCUUGACUGUCAUAGAUGACUGCGUCUAGCCCUGAUUAUGUGUUGAGAGACUAAGAGAUGCGGGGCCAUUCCAAUUAACAACUUGAUUGAAUCGUUUUGAAAACAAAUGUCAGAACGCGUUGAGCCUAACUGUGACAUAAAACAGAGAAGUUUAUUUUAUUGGAUGCGACAAGAUUUUUUAUUCAGAGAUUGAGUUAUGACGAUAUAUGAUCAGUUUUUAGGCGGCUGUUGCUUUGAAUUUAUCAACUGGUGGCAGUUUGAGAUAUGAAUAUAAUUAUCAGUUAUUUAUUCAGUAAAUUCUAGUGCGUAGUUGAAUCAUGGUCGUUGCUUAUAAGCUUGUUGGUGUAGAGGGAAUUGUCUCAUAUUUCACCAGAUUUGAGCCGAAAUUAUUCAUAAAUGUGGCAAUAAGGCAAAAAAUAAUGGGAAGAAAUUCAUCCCUCGUUUUUUCUGCCAAAGUGGAAUCAUGGCCUACAUGACUAACAUGGUUUUGAAGGUACAAACCGGCAUCCGACCCAAAAUCCAAAUUCCGUAUUUCCCGAUGUAGUUCAUUCAUUUUUUCCUUGCUUGAAUCUUCUGUCUUUUAUUUUGCAAAGCGUCCAAAAAUAUAAAUAAAACAGAACGGAUGCACUGAAUUAAAGGAUUCCCUUAAGAUGGCGCUGUCUUGGUAAUGCGGCGACAUUCGUGUGAAUGAAUUCUGUGAUUUUAGUGAAAUUGGACGAUUUCUGGUAGCCAUUUUGUUCGAUUUAUUGACGAUUUUUUGGCGGUCGUAUAUUGAUGGUUGUGGAGGUCAUCACUCUUAAAGGGACAAUAUGUUUCUCUUAAAGGGGGAAUAAGAAGUACGUCAUGGCAUAUUUUGCACCAUUUUAAAGUCCCUUUCAGCUGUAAUGAUGUGGUAUGUACUUAAUGUAUAGGAUUCUUUUAAAGGUGUCAUCGUCAUUUUACAGCGAAAACUGCGUAAAGGUCUGGAUUCUCACGCGUCUUUCUUGAGCCAAAAUUGUUCUAAUCACCGCGCAGACGAGCGAUUUAAAUCGCAACGAAAAGAUCUCUCAUCUGCGGGUAGGCUGGAAAUGGCAGCAUUUGCUAUUGAUGUAGCAGGGCGCUGCCAUCAGCGAUUCUUAUCGCAGGCACCUGUGAUGACCCCCUGCAGACAAGCAAUUUUUGUUGCACGCGAUUGUGAUUGCUGGUCACUGCAAUCUAAAUCGCUAUGAGACUAUCAGGCGGAUGAGAAGGAUCCAAAUUUGCAGUUUUAAAAACGUCCCAAGCAAAGCUUUGUUAAACGAAGAAAACAUUGGUUUUUCUCCGUUUUUGCCUGUGCUCAAUGUCCAAUGCAAGUGAAGUGCGUCCCCUAAGAACUUGAACCAAAGACAGUGUAUAUUAUCAUAAUUAAUCCACAGUAUAGUAAGGUUCUACGAAACGUGAAUUUAUAAAUAGAAUAAGUUGUACAUAUGUGUUGUAUACAGUGUAUAUGAUGUCAUAGCAAUAGUUAUUAAGUCAAAGUUAGAGAAAUCUUCUGUUAUAUCAUUACCGUGUAUAUUUUAAGAUUGCUUCAGACACGUAAUGGAUGAGAGGUCCCCAUAUAUAGAUCUUCGUGGCUUUUAGACAAUGUGUCCUUUUUGUGCUUAAGGCAUUUGAAUACCGGGGCAAGAUGGCUUCAUCUUGUCACCUCUAAAUCAUGUGGGACUAAGGCCAUGGGAAUGAUUAAUCCUGUUUACGGUCCGAGAGAUUUAAAAAGAUGAUGAGGCUUUUUUUCAUUUUUCAUUAUUCAUUAUCGGUUUACAGUCUGAUUUACUGGUCAAAACACGCGAUUCAGCAAGUUCCAGUAAAUGGAAAUCAGGUCGGUCAUCAUUAUGAGGCAUUGAAAAAAUGUCAUUAUUAUGAUGAAGAGCCUACUCUGCCAAGUUUUUAUUGUGUUUUUCAAUCAUUUAAGGUAAAGAUGAACCACUGGAAAGAUUAUUUAAAUAAAAAAAUGAUGGCAACAAUAAAAUAAAUAGAUUUUUUUAAAAAUAAUGAAAAUAUUUCAUGUUCGCUCAGAACCCAUGCGGGAGGUGGACGGUAAACAGGAUUAAUAAUUCCCAUGGCCUAACAAGAGUGGCACCAUUAGGUAAAUCUUGUACGGCUGGCGUUCCUGCUCUUUUUUGAAGGCUCACAUUGGUUCAAUGUUCAGCAGGUCAGAGCCUAUUUCAGUGGGCUACAGGCUUCAGUCGAUGAAACCAUGGGGGCUGUCUUAUCCAUCACAUUGGCAAAUAUUAUCCGCUUGCUUCGGUCUCAAGUUUUAAAAUUUUGCCUUCAUAAGGUAUUUAAGUUGUGUAUGUGAUCAACAUGUAUCAUUUUCACGCAUUGAAAUCAUGUUCGCCAUCUAGCUGUGGAAAUCUGGCACUCCAUUCUGCCGAGGUAACAUAAAGUUCGCCAUCAUGUAGAGUGAAAUGACAGUGUAUUUAUUAUGAUCAGGACUUUAGUCUGUAAUAUUUUUUAUAGUUUUCGAGAAUCAGUCGUGUAGAUUAUGGCAUUGCUGCCUCGGAGAAUGGAGCGUCGAUAAAGUUGGAUGCCACAGGUGGAUGGCGAACAGGUUUUCACGCUUUUUUAUGGUUAAAAAUGACACUUUGGGUUGUGAAAUGUUUGUUUACAAGUCCGUGUCGGUCAAUAAAAUAGUCAAAGAUUGUAAAUGUUUGUACAAAUUCGUCCGUGCAUGUUGUUAUUUUUCAUCAAUUGGUCAAAGUUCAGCUGCAUGCUGAAUAAAAUACUUCAAGAAGUUGUCCUAGACAAUUCAUAGUUGGGUCCCCCCCCUUGGAAGAAAGUAGAUUUGCAGCUCUAGUUGAGGUUCCAGAGACAUUUUAAACAGCGUGCUAUGGCAUUUUUUACAGCACUUUGUGAAUGAUAUGAUAGUCCAUCGCAGUGAAAUCGUUAUUUUCUUUCAGCGACGCACGGUCAUAGAAACUUGUGCUUAUUUCGAGCUAACACGUACAGUUUAUUGUUGUCUGAUUCAAAGGUCACGUGGUAUCUAUUGUAUUUUGAGAAAUACCUUGAUAGGGGAGUGAAGAACCACCUUUAAUUUCAUGCAUGUAUGAAAAUAAAUCAUCAAUUCGCUCUGAAAUAAACAAAUUAUGAUGCUUGAAACUGAUUUUGUAAAAACUUAUAAAAACACUUUUUGCGAAAAAAAUGGCGGAACUGUUUUGCGAUGAGAAAUAUCAUAUCAGCUAAUUUCAGGGUGGAAUAUAUUUGUCACGAUAUUACUGAACCAGUCGUGGAUUGUAAAUUCUUGAAAACGUAUUUCUUUGCGUGAUUUGCCGAGAACUUUUAGUAGGCCUACUGGCAUGAGGAAUACAAGGGUGUUUAAUCUGGCCAAGGCUACUGUUUUGUAUUGUGAAUAAAUAUAUGGAUUUUCGUAAAUUUUUUCUACGUUUUCAUCAUGCCAAAACUGUUUGGCGUAUGCAUACAUAGUUGCGAGUCUUUUGAUGAUAGUGCAGAUGUCGGGCCAGCUUUUUAUAAAAACGAAUAUUCCACAUUUUGCGAAAACAUUUGUAAAUUCUGUCGGCGCUUAGUGGGUUUUCUAUGAAGCGUCCUUGUUGUUUUAUGUCGUGAAAUCGUCGCCGUCAAUUUUGACCGGGCGAGUUUCUGCGGUUAGCAUUCACAGCUUUGAUAAUAGUCUAUUCAUCUGCCUUAGUUACCUUUCAAGCCAAUGAAAUUAGAUUACUCGUUUCUUGUCUCCAUCCUGUUUUGAAAAUAUGGUGGACGUUUUAUGUCCAAUUUGCUGCGGUGUUAUUUUCAUGGCAAAGGUGCAGAGGACACUUAGCUUAGAAUUGGCACAUUUUGUCACCAUGACAUCUCUCCCUCAAAUAACAGCAGAGUUCUAGCUCUUACAACCAUAUAAAUAACAAUUUUAUUAUUAUUAUUAUAACCCAUUCUGACCACUGGAAGCAUGGCUGAUUGGGGCCAAACUAAAAAUAAUUUCCUCUCCGAUAUACAGUAGAACCUCUCUUAGCGGACACCACUCUAUAAAGGACACCCUCUCUAUUAAGGAUGCUUGUUUUGGUCCCAAAUUGGGUCUUUCUAUUCAAUUUGACCUCUCUAAUCAGGACACUUCUCUAUUGAGGACAGUGCUUGUCAGUCCCAUGGGUGUCCUUAAUAGAGAGUUUCCAUUAUAUACUGAUUUCUUUGUAAAAUAACAAAAUUCUAAGAAUAGUGAAAUAUUUUGUGCGGGUCCAAAUCAUGUGCAGGUAGGGACAAGAAUCAGUUAAUCUUAUAUCAGUGGCCCUCUUUUCUAGGUUUUUAAAAUGGUCACAGCCCUCUACUUAAAGGACCGACAGAGUUAUUGAGGGCGCUUUACCAAGCUGUCGGCUGCCCAGUCGCCUUCCUCCAUACUGUGGCAGUUCCCAUCAUUAAAUUGCACAUAAAAUUGAAAAAUUCAAUAUAUUACUGAAUUGUCGCGGUAUUCCGACGUUAAUUCUGACUGUCAAGGCCACAUCUUUCCCAAUUCAAAUAUGAAUAUUAUUCAGAUUAGUUGGAUCCACUUUAAAAUGCUAAAUUGUGACUACAAACUUGGAAUACAUCCUUCGUCCAAAAAAGAAUUUGGUUAUAAACUCACAAAAAACACUCCUUCAACUUGGGUUCCAUUUCUCUUUUAACCAAAACACCAAAUUAGAAAGUGACUUUGGACUUGGAAAUUUGGUUCUGUAAAUCAGAAAUUUUGGCAGUUAAAUCAGAAAUUUGAAAAUGUAAAUCAGAAAUUUGGAAAUUUGGAAAUGUAAAUCAGAAAAUUGGUUACGUAAAUCAGAAAUUUGGAAAUGUAAAUCAGAAAUUUGGAAAUUUUGAAAUGUAAAUCAGAAAAUUGGUUACGUAAAUCAGAAAUUUGGUAAUUUAAAUCAGAAAUUUGGAAAUGUAAAUCAGAAAUUUGGAAAUGUAAAUCAGAAAUUUGGUUAUGUUAGUCGUACCUGGUGCUCUUUUUGAAUUUUCGUCGUAGACUUCUUUCGUAUUGGACACAUUUGUUUGUAUUUAUUGUCAUGAUCUAAUAGUAUCUGUUGGAAAGCUAGCUUAUAACUUGACAAUUUCAGUCUUUGUAUUGUAUUUUAUACUUACGACAAACUUUUGCGAUGUCAGUUGGAUAAGAUAUUGUAUACUAUUUAAAAUGUACAGACACAGUGCAUGUUUGUUGAUAAAAUGUCAGACGAGGAAUCAUUUUGGACUUGUUCCAUUCGAGAAAGGGGGUGUUUUGGACUUGUUCCAUUCUAGAAGAGGGGUGUUUUGGACUUGUUCCAUUCUAGAAGAGGGGUAUUUUGGACUUGUUCCAUUCUAGAAGAGGGGAGUUGUGGACUUGUUCCAUUCUAGAAGAGGGGUGCUUUGGACUUGUUCCAUUCUAGAAAAGGGGUGUUUUGGACUUGUUCCAUUCUAGAAGAGGGAAGAGGGUUGUUUUGGACUUGUUCCAUUCUAGAAGAGGGGUGCUUUUGGACUUGUUCCAUUAUGGAAAGGGGGUGCUUUGGACUUGUUCCAUUCUAGAAAAGGGGUGUUUUGAAAGUGUUCUUUUCAAGAAAGGGGAUGUUCUUGACAUAACUGAUCUCAAAGAUAAUAAUAAACUUGCAGGUUGUUAUCAUUCUUUUGUGUGUACCGAUUUUGGCAGAGGCAUUUCGAGAAAAGUUGGGAAAUCACCAUGGCGAUGAACAACAGGUAGGAAUGUUCUAGAAGUAUGAACAAUUAUAAAACCAAUGUUAAUGGGUCACCUUGAAUAAUUUUCUGGUGACGGAAAAAAUACAAAUUGGGAAAAGACACAAUCGUAUUUAAUACCUCCAAAAAAAUUUCUGUGAAAGAUCUUCGUCGAAAAUGUUAGGUUCUGUUUCUUUUCAUGAAAUGUUAUUUACAGAAAAGUUAACCUUAUUUUGAUAUCAAAUUUUCUCGAAAUGCCUUGGUCAAUAGAUGGGCAACAACUCAUUAGACGUUUCAGGAAUCCUUUAAUAUGCGAUAAUGUCAAGUCUCCCAUAACUUGAACUCGAUUGCAUCGCCACUGAGCUAAGGUAGAAAUAUAUUUUUAUCAACUGAACAAUAGUCACUGAGUCAUUGCAGAAUAUUGUAAAAACACAGAAAUAAAAUGUGGAUCUUUUCCGAAAAAGAUAAA